AUGUCAUGACUCAGGGCCAGUUCAGACCCCAGAACAGAACACGGGAGGUGGUGUUCACUGGAGAACAUGUCCAGGAAGGGCUGCGAGGCUGAGCCCAGAGACCCCUCCUCUCAGAGCCCGCUGGAGGGGGCCCUGGGGCCCCCUUCCCAGCAAACACAGGCCACCAGUUCAAGGGACAGGUUGCCCUUCAGCUUCCACAGCCUCUCCCAUGAGGCCCUGGUGGCCUCGAAAUACCCGCCUUUCUUCUGCACCAGUGGGCAGCUCCUGACUGAGGAGAUGGCUCCACAGCCCGAGGAGCCAUUCCCAGAGGACUCACUGCCCCCUAGCGGGUUCUUCCCUUAUUACCGCUCCAAGGAGGAGACUUUUCCCAGCCUAGCCCUUCUGGGCAAGUCAUGUUGGGGCUCCCAAGACCCACCCCCCAGGAGGGAGAAGCAAGCAGGUUGUGUCUGCACGAAGAUGGUCAGCGACAGGUGCUCUGCUGCCUCGCCAGGUCCCUGCCACGCUGCCGGGUCCCUACACUCACUGGCCCGCAGCCCCAGCCUGCUGGUCUCAGCAGGGAGUCCCCCUGAGAGCUGCCUGGAUGUCCCUGUCUUCAGUGAUGCAACCUUCAUGGGCCACACACUUGGUGCCGCAGGAUUUGUGCCUUACUACAGAAGCCCCGAGGAGGGGCUCUGCGCCAGCCCUGGGCCUCCUGCCUCUCUGCUGGGGCUCCAAGGGCCCAGUGGGGGGCUGCCCAGGCCUGGAGCAGCCACCCUGUGA